GGAGCUAUGAAUCGUCUAUGAAUAUAUUUUGUACGGAUUUGAAUCAAUAUCCUACUUGAACAAAGAUCCUAGUUCUGUUUACUUGACGUUUACGUAAAACAAAAAGACGUCCCUUACGUACAUAGCUGACAAAUUGACUAUGGAGUCAUCAGCGUUACAGGGCACACUAGAGUGUUUGCGUGAAGGCUGAGCCCUGUGAUGAUGUGUGUAUAACGGAUGAACCCACGUUUGAGGUGUCUGUUAAAGCUGAGCCUUUACUAGAUGCUGGUUUUGUAAAAGACAACAGGUGCGAGGGUGUGAGUAUAAAAGCCGAGCCUUUAGUGGUGGAUGCUGUUUUUGCAAAAAACGAGCCCAGAUGCGACUGUGUGUCUAUAAAAGCCGAGCCAUUAGGGGAUACUGCUUUUGUAAAAGACGAGUCCAUGUGCCAGAGUAUGUCUAUAAAAGCGGAGCCUUCGUGUUCAGAUGUGAUUGUAAAAGAUGAGGCAGCGGAGCUGUACACCGACCACGCCGUGAAAGAUGAGCUCGUGGUCGGCCCCGAGAUAGUGGAGCGGCGCGGCGUGCACCAUGCAUCAACAGGACGAACUCCACAGAAGAGGCCAGGAAGCAGGCCCGAACCCUACCAAUGUGCUCACUGUAAAUAUACAACAGUUAGAAAGACCUCUUUGACACGUCACGUAAGGACACAUUCUAAAAACAACUUUUACAAAUGUGGCCAGUGUAGUUAUACUAGUGCAUACAAAACGACUUUGCGAAAUCAUAUAAGGAAACACCCUGGUGAAAAGCCCUACAAAUGCGACCAGUGUAGUUAUGCCAGCAACCAAAAAAGUUAUUUGAAAGUUCAUAUGAGGAGACACACUGGUGAAAAGCCCUACAAAUGCGACCAGUGUAGUUAUGCCUGCCACAAAAAAAGUCGUAUGACAAUUCAUAUGAGGAAACACACUGGUGAAAAGCCUCACAAAUGUGAGCAGUGUAGUUAUGCUAGUGCAUACAAACAAGUUCUGCAAGUUCAUGUAAGGUCACAUACUAGUGAGAAACCUUACCAAUGCGACCAGUGUAGUUACGCUAGCAACCAAAAAAGUAAUUUGAAAGGUCAUAUGUGGAGACACACUGGUGAAAAGCGCUACAAAUGCGACCAGUGUAGUUAUGCCUGCCAAAAUAAAGGUCGCAUCACAGUUCAUAUAAGGAAACACACUGGUGAAAAGCCCCACAUAUUUGAGCAGUGUAGUUCUGCUAGUGCAUACAAAGAAAAUGUGCGAGUUCAUGUAAGCAGACAUACUGGCGAGAAAUAUGGCAAACAUUGUUAA